AUGAGCCAAGGAAUCGCUCUCUUGGCCUGCCUAGAAGAACAGCGUAAAGCAAAACGAGCUCGGUUCCCUACCUCACGCGUUGAGGGCCCAGACAUUGACGAGGAUUCCAACUCACCUAUCUACGAUGCGUACCUACAAAUACAAAGAGCCGAAGGCAUAAUGACACUCACCAACUUCUCGCCGUCAGAGUUUAACCUUCUCUGGGCAGACGUCCGCCAGCACAUCUUCAGGCACUGGAAUGUGGGCUCCGGUCGCAAGUGUGCAGUGUCCGCUCGAGACCUAUUGCUCAUGAUGCUUGCAUCACUCAAACACUGCGGUACCUGGGAUAUCGUUGCUCAAACAUUUCGCACAACUGUGGCAACAUUCGAAAAGCGCGUCAUGAGCUUCAUAGAGGUCAUGCAUCCCUACCUUCUGCGCACGUAUGUUCAUGGAACGGCAUCCAAGUGGUCGAUGCAUGAGCUUGCCGCCAACGGAACAAGGUUCGAGCACUACCAAUAUGCACGCUACGCCACCGAUGUUACUUUCCAGCAGACAAACGUACCUGUCGGUUCGUACGCCGAAAAGAAGCUGUACUACAGCGGCAAGCAUCAUCUCUACGGGCACAAAGUUGAG